GCCAACCAAACAUCAGUCUUCUACGGUCUGCGACCAGGAAUAAAGACAACGACCAUUCGAAUCGUCAUUACAGUGAUUAACAUUCCGUGCAAUACUAUCCAUUUCUUUUCGGGUUCCCCGUCAAGACAUCCAACAUGAACGUGAAAAUUGCAGUCUUCUUCUUCGCAGUGGCGACGCUUCUCCAGCUAUCUCACUGUAUACCAACGCAUCGUUAUGCUAGAGAAACACCGGAUUGGACAUCUAGAAUCAAAGAAUAUUUCAACAAGAUUCCAGGCUACGGGUCAUCUGAAUCACAGACGACACCGUCGCCAACAUCCCAGCCAGAAUCAUCAUCGUAUCAGCCAGGUACCGCUUCAGCAUCUGAGCUACAUCCUUUAAUCGCUACUAAAGAAGGAUCGUCCAAUGUCCCAUCAUUCGGAAGUUACGUACCAAAUAUGCCAAAUAUGCCAAGCAUGCCAAAUAUGCAAAGUUAUUACCCGAGCCAAAUGCCUCAAUCAAUGAACCCUAGUAAUUACAUGAACUCAAUACCAGGCUCCUCUAAUGCUGCGGGCUCUACCGGAGCUGGAUCUGCACCAGAAGCUUCAAUAGCCGCUAAAGAAGGAUCGUCCAAUGUCCCAUCAUUCGGAAGUUACGUGCCAAAUAUGCCAAAUAUUCCAAAUAUGCCAAAUAUGCAAAGUUAUUACCCGAGCCAAAUGCCUCAAUCAAUGAACCCUAGUAAUUACAUGAACUCAAUACCAGGCUCCUCUAAUGCUGCGGGCACUACCGGAGCUGGAUCUGCACCAGAAGCUUCAAUAGCCACUAAAGAAGGAUCGUCCAAUGUCCCAUCAUUCGGAAGUUACGUACCAAAUAUGCCAAAUAUGCCGAGCAUGCCAAAUAUGCAAAGUUAUUACCCGAGCCAAAUGCCUCAAUCAAUGAACCCUAGUAAUUACAUGAACUCAAUACCAGGCUCCUCUAAUGCUGCGGGCUCUACCGGAGCUGGAUCUGCACCAGAAGCUUCAAUAGCCGCUAAAGAAGGAUCGUCCAAUGUCCCAUCAUUCGGAAGUUACGUACCAAAUAUGCCAAAUAUGCCGAGCAUGCCAAAUAUGCAAAGUUAUUACCCGAGCCAAAUGCCUCAAUCAAUGAACCCUAGUAAUUACAUGAACUCAAUACCAGGCUCCUCUAAUGCUGCGGGCUCUACCGGAGCUGGAUCUGCACCAGAAGCUUCAAUAGCCGCUAAAGAAGGAUCGUCCAAUGUCCCAUCAUUCGGAAGUUACGUGCCAAAUAUGCCAAAUAUUCCAAAUAUGCCAAAUAUGCAAAGUUAUUACCCGAGCCAAAUGCCUCAAUCAAUGAACCCUAGUAAUUACAUGAACUCAAUACCAGGCUCAUCCAAUGCUGCGGGCACUACCGGAGCUGGAUCUGCACCAGGCUCGCCAUAGGUUUAAGAACUCAAUUAAUUUACCUCAACAAAUGUAACGACGCGUAAUACAUACAUAUUAAACUAAUGUUUAUAUUCUCUAAUUUUGUUAAAAAAAAAUAAAGAUGUCUCAAUUUAUUGAUUUUUUCUGUAUAUCAUUUAUAAUAUUUUUGAUAUAAUGUAAAUUUUGAAAAUAAAUCAAAUUUUAUAGUUAAAAUUCUACUAUAAUAAUAUUAUAUUAAUAAUUAAUAAUUGUAUUUAAUUAAAAUAAUAUACUGUGUUGUAUC